AUGAAGACCACACUUCUCUUGGCUGGUGCUCUUGCACCUUUUGCUCUCGCUGAGGAUCUCUGCGAGCAGUACGGAUACCUCGCCAACGACGGCUACGCAUUCAACAACAACGCCUGGGGUAAGGACGCUGGAACCGGUGACCAGUGUACUCAUGUCGACUGGACUAACGCCAACGGUGCUGGAUGGCACGUCGAGUGGAACUGGACCGGCGGUCAGGACAACGUUAAAUCCUACCCCAACUCGGCACUCCAGAUCGGAGCAGACAAGAAGAUUGUUAGCUCCAUCACCAACAUGCAGUCUACCGCCGAAUGGACGUACAGUGGUGAGAGUAUCCGCGCCGACGUUGCUUACGAUCUGUUCACUGCUGCGGAUCCUAACCAUGAAACCUCGAGCGGCGAGUACGAGCUUAUGGUCUGGCUUGCUCGAUAUGGCGGUGUUCAGCCCAUUGGAACCUUGCAGACAACUGUUACCAUUGAAGGCCACAGCUGGGAGCUCUGGGUCGGCAUGAAUGGCAGCAUGAAGGUCUUCAGCUUUGUUGCGCCUACCCCGGUCAAUGACUUCAAUGCUGAUAUCAAGCAAUUCUGGGACUAUCUCGCCAAGUCGCAGAACUACCCUGCCAGCGAGCAGUACCUCCUCACCUUCCAGUUUGGUACCGAACCCUUCACUGGACAGAACGCCAAAUUCUCAGUCUCCAACUUCAACGCCCAUUUGAAAUAA